UGCCUUGAAGUACAAAAAUUUUAUAAGAAGUUAAAUGUGAAAGUAGAGAAAAUUACAGUGCGGUUGGAGGGAAAUGAUGAUUCUGAUCGCCAAUUGCCGGUAAUAAGAGCAGUCGGCUUGUUUGAAAAGAGUAUUACCAGCGCUAUUAUGGGGAGGCCGAGCCAGCUUUGCUGUGAAGUUAAAGAAAUUUUAAUCUGGUACGGCCUUCCUAGAAUAUUGACUGGAUCACUUCUAGCUCAACAGAUGAUGAGGGCAUGGCUAAGGCUUAAUUGCUGUCCGAAUAUGAGCCCUGAGGUUGAAAAAUGUAUCUGCCGAUAUUUUGCACAUAGGUGGUUGGAGUACUCUUCUAGUUCCUAUUCAUCUAAGAAAUUGUAUGAGUUUGAGGAGAAGCUUUGUAGGAAACGCCAAACUGAGUUAGAUUGUGAAGCAUUACUGACAGCUAAGAAAGUUGUGUGCAAGCAUGGUCUAGGAAUGACACUUGAAACAAUCUGAAAUACAGGAAAGUUUCCAUUGUGACGCACUGAAAUAAACAGAUAAAAUAGUUCUUACUUGUUAUUUACUGU